AUGUCGCAACAAGCCGUCGACCUCAAAAACCAGGGGAACAAGGCGUUCGCGGCUGGCGACUUCCCGGCUGCCGUCACCUUCUACUCAAAGGCCAUUGAGCUCAACGACAAGGAGCCCGCCUUCUUCACCAACCGCGCCCAAGCAUACAUCAAAACCGAAGCGUACGGAUAUGCCAUCUCCGAUGCUGGAAAAGCCAUCGAGCUUAACCCAAAGCUGAUCAAGGCAUACUACCGGCGCGGUCUCGCUCGCACCGCCAUUCUCCGACCCAAGGAAGCCAUCGAUGACUUCAAAGAAUGCGUCCGGUUGGACCCCAGCAACAAGGAUGCCAGGCUCAAGUUGGAAGAAUGCAAAAAGAUUGUGCGGCAACUGGCCUUCUUUGCCGCCAUCGAGGUCGGCGAAGAGCCGUCAGCGGCAGAGGGCCUCGACUUGGACUCCAUGGUCGUCGAGGCCGACUACGACGGCGUGCGCCUCGAAAACGAGAUGACGCAGGAAUUCAUCGACGACAUGACGGAGAGAUUCAAGACUGGCAAGAAGAUACAUCGCAAGUAUGUUUACCAAAUCGUCGUCAAGGUCAAGGAAAUGGUGUACGAGGAAGCGACCAUGGUGGAGAUGGAGAUUCCAGACGACGUCCAGCUUACCGUCUGCGGCGACACGCACGGCCAAUACUUUGAUCUCAUGGAGCUCUUCCGGCGCAACGGAGCUCCCGCCGAGAAGCACUGGUAUCUGUUCAACGGUGACUUUGUCGACCGGGGGUCCUGGUCGACAGAAAUCGCCCUAUUGCUGUAUGCUUACAAGUGGCUGAGGCCCCACGGCUUCUUCCUGAACAGAGGCAACCACGAGACGGACGACAUGAAUCGCGUCUAUGGGUUCGAGGGAGAGUGCAAGGCCAAGUACAACGAGCGAGUCUUCAAGCUGUUCUCGGAAAGCUUCUCGGCCUUGCCGCUGGCAACGCUGAUCGGAAGAAAGUAUCUGGUUCUCCACGGCGGCUUGUUCUCCGACGACAACGUUACUUUGGACGACAUUCGGAAACUAAACAGACACAACCAACGGCAGCCAGGCCAAUCCGGCUUGAUGAUGGAAAUCCUCUGGACGGACCCUCAAGAGGAGCAGGGCCGCCGACCGAGCAAGCGAGGCGUUGGCAUGCAGUUUGGACCAGACGUCACCAAGCGGUUCUGCGAAAAGAACGGUCUCGAGGCCGUUAUUCGAAGUCACGAGGUUCGCAUGGAUGGCUACGAGGUUCAGCAUGAUGGAAAAUGCGUCACAGUCUUCUCGGCACCAAGAUACUGCGAUUCGACGGAGAAUCGGGGAGCUUACAUCAAUAUCCGCUCCGACUACAAGCUCCAGUAUGAGCAGUUUGAUGCCGUGCCUCAUCCAGACAUUCGCCCGAUGGCGUACGCACAGAGCUCUCUCAUGUCGUCUUUGAUGUAG